GUCGUACCGCUCAAAGUCUAGAUAUGGAGCCACAUGUCCGUUUGUUUUCUCUUGCCUCAAAGCCCGUUCCUUUCAAAUUGGCAAUAGGGUGCGGUUACUGAUGAUCCUAGUUUGAUCAUGUCGCCCUUCAGUCUUAUCUACAGCAUUUGUCUAUAUCUAUCAUUUAGUAUUCUUACUAGCGCUGCCAUUGCCCCUGCAUAUAGAGUUCGCAAUGCACCGGGAGCAUCGACAUGGGAUACAUAUCAAGCCGUGCGACGUGCGUUCUCUGAGGUUGCUGUCCAAAAGAGAGAAGUCGAGUUGAAGAACAGCACAAGUCUGGAUCGCAGUUGGGAUGACGCGGUGCUAUUGAAGUUCGAGCACGAACAACAAUUAUCGCAAAAUAACAGAUCGUCACUGUCCGCCACUGCUGGCAUCGAAAUUGUCUGCACCCAAUGCUAUAUCAAGGGCACGGCUACGGUAGAACUUACCAUCGAUGACAAUUUCAAUGCCAGCCAGGUUCUUUCUGAGACACUGGAUCAAGUGCGCGGAAACGUAGAGAACUUUACCGAGUCGCUUGAUGACUACUUUUUCAACUAUGUCAAAGGUGUCGCGGACAACUUUGACGACGGCAUCGAUAUCGCUGACUUUGCCUUUCCGACAUUUAACGCCAGUUUUGACCUGGAUAUUCCAGCUAUUCCGGAAUGCAACCUUCGUUUUCAGUUCGAUGGUAUGGAGCUAUACAUGAAUAUGAACACGAUUCUGAGUCUGGGUUCUAUCUAUGAACUGAGCUUGUACCGAUCAAACACCCCACUUGGUAUUUCCAUCACCAAGGAUCUGGAAGUUGGCAUCAUCUUCGCGGUCGACCUUAUCCUGAGCGUGGAAGGCGAGGUCGAUAUUAGUAGCGGCUUUCAUAUCAAGCUAGAAGACGGCGCCGCCAUUGAUAUCAAGCUGUUUGCGGACGACAUUUCGGACAUCGUCUUCAACGGUGCUCGUUUCGAGUUUCUCCCUGUCACCGUCCAGAGUGCAGGAGUGGUCUUCUCUGCAACAUUGCGCGUGGGAGUUCACGCCGGCUUUCAGCUUGUCUCCCCGUCAAUACCCGAGUUCACGCUUUUCGAUCGGACGGUCGCUUUGGACUCGGUUGGCGGUGGGAUAGAAGUCGGCGUCUUCGCGAAUGUGGCAGAGUUCAUUACGAACGUGACGUUCGCGCCGGAAGAAGACUGCAAAUUGCAGGUAGUCCAGUCAUAUCAACUCGCGUUGGGUGCCGCAGCUGGAGCUACAAUAGCUAUCGGUGACAAUACCUGGGGACCGAUGGCUACAACCUCCGUUCCCAUAUUCUACACGGAAAUUGGGGAGCUAUGUGCUGCGCAGAAAACGGCGUCUGCGACGCCAACGAUCACUCCUACGCCAGCAGUGAGACCACGACAGGACUUGACAACUACCACAGUCACCACUAAGGUGACGUAUACUGGUGUUAGUUGCAUGACACCCGGUUUAGUGAACUGUCCUGCGUCAGCACAGAGUACCACACAAUCAGUGGAGACAAGAACAAUCACGACCGCAAUACCUUCCGGCGCGGACUUCACAGUACCUGCUACAGCGCAGAAUGUUGUGACAAAAUCGGUCGAUUUUGGAUCCAACGCUGUUAGUGUUCCAAAAACAAGUGGUAGCCCAGUCUCUUAUGUGCCACCCCCGCCUAAGGAGACCGCGCAAGAUGAAGAAGACAGUGACAACGAUGGAGAGUCGCAAAGCAAUAUACCUGAGACAAUUGAGGGAAAGACGGGAGGAGUUAGUAACAAGCUUAUAAUUGGAUUGAGUGUGGGACUUGGUGCACCUUUCCUCAUCGCUCUGCUGGCGGGUAUAUCAUUCUUUAUCAGACAUCGUAAUCGCCAGACGAGUCCAAAGUUCAAACCCGUUCCGACCUUCGCGGAGACUUACGGGCCAACAGAUACACGAGGUUACAUGCAGAAACCAGUGAAGUCCUUCGUUGCCGUUCGAGAGGUUGACCUUGGAAGGUAGACUUCAUUUAUGUUUACGAGGUUAUGAUUGUUAAGACGUUCGGUUUUUGGGUCGUCGUUGUACAUGUAGCGUGUUGUAGGAGUACUGUACCCUAGGGUGGGAAAGGGCGAGGGUUUAGAUUUUAGUGAUGCAUAUAUUCCCUCACUUGAUCAGAAUGCGUGGC